UGGGUGGGUACAGAUCCUGAGUGUGGAAAUACAGCCGGGAGAGUGCCCAUUGGCAUGUCCGUGCUGUCACCAUCACCCUAUCUCUGCUCGGUUUCUCCUGCUGAGUGAUGAAAUUCUGUCCUUCUAGGCUCAGCCUCGGCUUUGGGCUGUCCCGGUGGAGGCGGCGUUCGGUUCUUGGUCGCGGCGGUCUCGGCGGGUUCGGAACCGCGGCCGGGCCGAGCGGCAGCGCGGGCUGCGGGCGGCGGCGGCUGCAGUCCCAGCGCGCACCGCUGGGUGGUGCCCUCGGCCAAGGCGGCGCCGAGCGGCUGCGGCAGCGGAGGCGGCCGAGCCCGGCCCGGCCCAGCCCAGCCCAGCCCAGCCCUGCUCGGUUCGCCUUAGACCAGCGCAGCUCAGCUCAUUUCGGCUUAGACCAGCCAGCCCAGCCCUGCCGAGCGCAGCCCGGCUUAGAUCAGCCCGGCACAGCCGGGCGGAGGUGGCUGUGACUGCGGCAGCGCGCGCUGUCCCGUGUCACCCGCUGCCGGGACACCCCGGCUGCGUUUCGGGCCGCCGGCCGGAAUAUCACAGAGCGAGGGAAGGCGCCCGGCCCGCACUUCGCCGCUUUCCGCGGGGAAUCCGCCGGCACAGCCGCCAGACCGACCCCGGCCCCGCCGCCGCCGCCGCCGCCGCCGCCGCCGCCGCGCCAUGGCGCUCGCAAGGCAAGUGCUUUGUCUCUCUGCUUUCCUCUCGCUGCCGCUCGCUCGCGCCGAGCCCAUCCGCUACUCCGUAGCCGAGGAGGCGGAAAGCGGCUCCCUGGUGGGCAAGCUGGCGGAGGACGCGGGGCUGACGCCGGCGCAGCUCUCGGCUCGCCGCGCCCGCCUGGUCUCGGAGGACGGCCGGCAGCAUUUUCGCUUCGAGCGCGCCUCCGGCCGCCUCGUCGUGGCGGGGAGGCUGGACCGGGAGGAGCUGUGCGGCCAGGCCGCCACCUGCAUGCUCCCCUUCGAGCUGCUGCUCUCCAACCCCCUGCAGUUCUUUCGGGUCGAGGUGACUCUGGACGAUAUCAAUGACCAUUCACCCGUCUUUCCCGAGGAACGAGUCACUUUUAAGAUUCCAGAGACGAGCGAGCCAGGCUCUCGUUUCCCCCUGGAGGUGGCUCGGGACCACGAUAUUGGCAGCAACACAGCCCAGGAGUACAGGAUCUCUCCGAAGAGUAAGCUUUUCAGUGUCUCUUAUGGAAGUCGGAGUAAUGGUGACAAAUAUCUUGACCUUGUUUUGGAUAGGCCACUAGACAGAGAGGAAGAGGCAGAGAUGGGUUUCAGUGUUAUUGCCGUGGAUGGGGGCUCUCCUCCCAGAAGUGGGACCAUCGAGAUCUCUAUUAUCAUUCUAGAUGCAAAUGACAAUGCUCCCAUCUUCACACAAGAUCGUUAUAUUGGGAGGAUUAUGGAAAACAUGCCAGAAGGCUCUGUGGUUCUGACUGUGCUGGCAACUGAUCAGGAUGCAGGAGUUAAUGGAGACAUCUCCUAUCAGCUCAGCCUGGAAGUGGGACAGAGUGACUCAGCAUUUGUGAUUGAUCCCAUAACUGGUGAAAUUAAACUCAGAAAACCAUUAGACUUUGAGGCAGCAGAACGUCAUGAGAUGAGUGUGAGGGCUACAGACGGAGGGGGUCUCUCAGCCAUCUGCAAAGUGUUGGUGGAGGUGGUGGAUGUGAACGACAAUGUCCCAGAGCUGGUGGUCAGUUCCUUCAGCAGUCCCAUCCCCGAGAACACAGUGCCUGGCACGGUGGUUGCCCUGUUCUCGGUGAGGGACCGGGAUUCUGGUGCCAACGGGAAGAUCUCCUGUGCCCUCGAGGAUCAGCUCUCCUUCUCCCUGCGGCCAGCCUAUAAGAAUUACUAUGAGCUGGUGACAGUGAGCGCGCUGGACCGCGAGGAGAUGCCUCAGUACAUCCUGAGUGUCACGGCAGCAGAUGCGGGGUCGCCUCCUCUCACAAGCACCCAGACCUUCACCGUGGACAUCUCCGAUGUCAAUGACAAUGCCCCCGUCUUCAACCAGACCUCCUACACCAUGUACGUGCGUGAGAACAACGUCCCCACGGUGUUUGUUGGGGCCAUCAGUGCUGGGGAUGCUGACGUGGGGCUCAAUGCCAAGGUGACCUAUUCCCUGGCACCAGAGCAAGGGGCAGAGCGGCCCUCGUGCUCCUGCAUCUCGGUGAACUCUGAGAACGGACACGUGUUUGUGCUGCGGCCCCUGGACUACGAGCACUUGAGGCAGACGGAGGUGACGGUCAGUGCCUGUGACGCGGGCUCUCCUCCCCUCAGAGCCAACGUCACCGUCCGCCUGGUCGUGCUGGACGAGAAUGACAACGCUCCGCUCGUGCUCUACCCGGCCCAGGACGGCAGCCCAGCGUCCAGCGAGCUGGUGCCCGUGUGGGCUGAGGCGGGCUACCUCAUCGGCAAAGUGGUGGCCGUCGAUGCCGACUCGGGACAGAACUCCUGGCUCUCCUACCACCUGCUGAGGGCCACCGACCCAGGGCUGUUUUCGGUGGCUGUCCAAAGCGGGGAGGUGCGUCUGAGGAGGCCGGUGACAGAGAGAGACAGCGUGAAGCAGAAGCUGGUUGUCCUGGUCAGAGACAACGGCAAGCCCCCACUGUCAGCCACGGCAGCCCUGAGCGCUCUCCUGCUCAAGGACUUCUCAGACGUGCGCCUCCCGCACAGCAGCCCGGCCCCAGAGGAUCAGGACGGCUCCCUGACCACCUAUUUAAUCAUUUCCUUGGUCUUUGUCUCACUGCUCUUCCUCAUCUCCAGCGCAGUCUUUGUGGCUCGCAAGGCGUGCAGGAGAAAGGAGCUGGAGGCUGGCCAUGUGCUCUAUGGUGCCGACAACUUGCAGAGCGGCCUGGCCGAUGCAGCCGCUGCAGGGACCCUGCCCCGCGCCUAUUGCUACGAGAUCAGCCUCACAACGGGCUCGGGCAACAGCGAGUUCAAAUUCCUCAGGCCCAUCCUGCCCAGCCUGCCCCCACAGCACUGCGCCCUGGGCCAGGGCCCCGAUGAGGAACAGGAUUUCCCCUGUGUCCCUGUCAGCACAGAGGACAUGGCCCCAGACAAUGCUGGGACUCUCACUGCAGGACAGUUCAACGCACUUUCCUUUGACUAACAUGGGUUCUGCACAGCCAGAGGCUUCAUGGCCCAUGGGAGGAGAUGAUCCAUGUUGCAGCAUGUGGCCAUGGUUCUUCCACAGUGUAUUUGUGUUUGGGGUUGGUUCAACUAACUUUUUGGAAAUUCCAUUCAGAAUAUACACAGUCUGCCAUUCCAAAGAACAAUGACAGAAGUAAUAUGGCAAGGUUUCUUUCACUUAUUUAAUAAUUUGUUUCAGCUCUUUUACUGCCAUUUCUUACAGGCUUUAACUAUCGGGUUAGCACUCGCAGCUGUGUUCUUGUUUCUCUUCCUGUCUGAAUAGUCAUAGUAUGUUUUUAUUCUCAUCUUUAUACAAUGUCACUGGUUGCCAAGCAAAUCAUAUCCUCAAUGAAAUGCAAAAAGCCAUUUUUGCACUUCAUGAGGACAGGGAAAUUGCGAGUACUGGGAUGCAAUGGGUACUCGGCCCUUUCUUGCCUGGACUCUGGAUGUCUCUGUCUUCGAUGAGGGCUCUGUGAGCUUUGCUUUCUUGUCACUAUGACAGACAAGACAAGCUUUCUUGUUCUUUCAGACACUGAAUAUUUGCAGAUACUUCAGUAUUGUGGCCUGGUGGAGUUGCUCCCACCCAGCCAUUACAAGACAGGCAAUGCCAGCUCAGCAGGGAAGGAGUUAAUUUGGACCCUUUCACAACAGCAGUCCCGCCUUCCUUAUCUAGCUCACAGCAGGACAGCAAAAUGCACAUCAAAGUCUUCCUUGGUGCAGAAGAAGAGCUUGAAUGUUCUGUCACCUCAGGUAUGCCUUGGAAAUACAGGAUCACAAACAAUGAUAGGGUAGACUGUAAUUGAAUAGAGCUGUAGAAUCACGUUCAUUGCCAUUGAAUGCAUUUGAAGGAAAACUCCACAAUUACAGAAACUCAGUUACUGGAAGGUAGAUGCAAGAAGAAUUUUAUUUAAAAAGACAUUGAGAUUGGUCUUUUCAGUGUAGUUCUUGAAUGCAAAUACUUCUUGAUAGGACUAGAAAGCUGUGCCCGCAUGGUUUUCUGUGUUUUUGUUAGAGAAUUUGUAGUCCCAUGUUUGCCCUUUCUCCGCUGAAAUGUACUGAACACUGUACUGAGCCUCUAAAGAAGGACGGCCACCCCAUCAAGAAUAGCUGUUUGUGUGAAUGAUGUCUGUGAUGCAUGAAAUAUUCAGAAAGUCUCCCUCACGCUGUGGUGUGCUGAAAUUAGACAUUGUAAAUUGACAUAACUUUGAGAGUAGAAACUGAGAAGAUGUGUUAGCUUGAAAUAAAGAGAACACAGUGACUCCUUUUGUGGAGACAGAA